UUAGAGCAAGAAAGUGUCAUGGCGGCGCCCUGUCACAAGUUUAUUCAUCCAACUGUUUUGCCUCGAAAUGAAGAGAAAUAAAUACAUUUGAUUGAAGGUGUGUGUGUGUGUGUGCGAGUGAGUCAGGUGUGUGAGUGUGUGUGUGUGAGUGCAGGUAUGUGGGGGGUCGUGAGGAGCACCCGGCUCCGGACCCCAUCCUCCCUACUGGCACGGCUCCUGUUCCCUCCUCUCCUCUCUCCCCCUCUCCUCUCUCCCCCUCUCCUCUCUCCUCCUCCUCUCCUCCGCCAGCCAAUCAGACAGCUCGCUGCCAAACAGGUGAAGGGUCAGAAGAAGGGUCAUCAGAAGGUCAAGGUCAAUGCUGACAAACAGGAAGUGGAGAUCAGGAAGAGGAUGACGGUAGCAGAACUCGCUCGGGCCAUGAACAAAGAUGCUGACCAUGUGUUUGAGGCGCUCCUCAACACCCCGGCGGAGUCGCAGACCCUGGAGGAGGAGGAGGUCCUGGAGGAGCGCUGGAUCAAGGAGGUGGUGACACGCUCCGGGAUGAAGUACCGCUGGGCGCGCCUGGCCCAGGAGAAAGAGCGGGAAAACAGGGACGCCAGCCGGAGGGUUCUGGCCCCAGCCAGUCUGCGGCCGCGCCCCCCCGUGGUGACCAUCAUGGGCCACGUGGACCACGGGAAGACGAGCCUGCUGGACGCUCUGAGGAGGAGUCAGCUGGUGGAGCAGGAGGCCGGGGGCAUCACUCAGCACAUAGGGGCCUUCCUAGUGGCGCUCCCCACAGGUGAGCAGAUCACCUUCCUGGACACGCCCGGUCACGCUGCCUUCACCUCCAUGAGGGCCCGGGGAGCCAACGCCACCGACAUCAUCAUCCUGGUGGUCGCUGCUGACGACGGCGUGAUGAACCAAACGGUGGAAUCCAUUCAACACGCCAAGAAUGCCCGAGUGCCGGUCAUCGUGGCGGUGAAUAAGUGCGACAAGCCGCAGGCGGAGCCGGAGCGCGUGGCGCGGGAGCUGCUGGAGCACGGCGUGGUGGGGGAGGAGCACGGAGGAGACGUCCAGGUCAUCCCCGUCUCCGCCCUGAAGGGGGACAACCUGAUGCUGCUCGCUGAAGCUACGGUGGCGCUGGCGGAGGUCCUGGAGCUGAAGGCGGACCCCGGCGGCCCGGUGGAGGGCGUGGUCAUCGAGAGCCGGACCGAUCGGGGGAAGGGUGCGGUGGCUUCCGUCAUCGUCCAGCAGGGCACUCUGAGGAGGGGGUGUGUGCUGGUGGCGGGGCGGAGCUGGGCCAAGGUGCGCUUCCUGUUUGACGAGCAGGACAAGGCGCUGGAGGAGGCAGGGCCUAGCCGGGCGGUGCAGGUGGUUGGCUGGAAGGACCUCCCAUCCGCGGGGGAGGAGCUACUGGAGGUGGAGUCUGAGCAACGGGCGCGGGAGGUGGUGGAGUGGAGGAGCUACGAGGAGGAGCAGGCCCAGCUGAAGGAGGAGCACAAGGUGAUCCAGGAGCGGCAGCAGGAGCACCAGGAGCGCUACCAGGAGCAGCGGCAGAGCACCGCCCACCUCAGCUGGCGCCAGAGGAAGGCGGCGCUGUACCGCGCCAACCGCCAGCAGGCCGCCAUGAGGCCCAGCGAGAAGACCGAGAAGAACCAGCACUGUCUGCCCCUCAUCGUCAAAGGGGACGUGGACGGCUCGGUGGAGGCCAUCCUUGGUCUGCUGGAGAGCUACGACGCCCACGACCAGUGUCAGAUGGAGCUGGUCCACUUCGGCGUCGGGGAGAUCUCGGAGAAGGACGUGAACCUAGCGGAGACCUUCUCAGGCUCCAUCUACGGCUUCAACGUGUCGGCCAGUAAGUCCAUCCUGCGCCUGGCGGAGAAGAAGGGCGUCCAGAUCCACCUCCACAACAUCAUCUACAAGCUGAUCGACGGCCUGAAGGAGGAGCUGAGCAGCACGCUGCCGGCCCUGCUGUCGCACAACGUCCUCGGAGAGGCGGCGGUUCUGGCCGUGUUCCAGGUCAGCGUGGGGAAGAAGAAGGUUCUGGUGGCCGGCUGUCGGGUCCGCAGCGGGCUGCUGGACCGACGCAUGAGGUUCCGUCUGCUGAGGGACCAGGAAACGCUGUGGGAGGGCUCUCUGACGGCGUUGAAGCACCAUAAGGACGACGUGCAGAAGGUGGGGACGGGGGUGGAGUGUGGCCUCUCCCUCGACACCGCCCUGGAGUUCAGCCCUGGGGACGUCAUCGUCUGCUACGAGGAGGUCAGCCAGCCCCAGGUCAUCGCCUGGGACCCGGGCUUCUAGACCCCAGCUCUCCCGGUGAGACCCGGUCUUCUAGACCCCAGCUCAUCUGAUGAACCAAGGCUUCUAGACCCGCUGGGUUAAAGAACCCCAGCUCAUCCAGUGGAACCCGGGCUUCAAGACCCCAGCUCAUCUGAUGAGACUUUCUAGACCUGCUGGGUUAUGGACGGUCCUUGCGUUGUGAAUUCGGAACAAGCAACAGGGCAGAGAAGGCAGUGACAGUCUGGUUCUAGUUACUGGAGCAAGCCUCCACGCUCCGUCAGAGUUAAGAAAGGAAACUUGAGAUGGGUUGUGCAGCGUUUAAUGUAAAUAUAAAAUGUACAUUGAAAUAAAAGUUGAUAGAAGAA